UUCACAGCAGUUACUGUUGUUGUUACUUUGAAAGGUGGCGUCCAUCGUUUCCGUUUCCGCCAUGUUUCUUUGUGUCUGACUUGACGCAGCCGUUUCGUUGACAGCGUAUGAAAAGACAGAAAAUAGGAGCUGCCAGCAGCCGCGCAAGUAUGCCGACACGGAAACACCCAAACCUCCAACAGCACGUAGUCAGACCACAGCUGGAGGAGACGUCGAUGUGUUUCUGAGAGGGAGAAAUAAUGUAAAGUUAAAGCCGGUCGAUAAUCGUCCUGGGUGACAAUGAACUGACGGUGCGACUAUGGGCUGAAGUUUCCCGAUCUAGUACACUGACGAACAGCUGAGAUCACUGCCGACAGUGAGGUGGUGUCCUCCGGAUUAAACAGACAACGACUCGUCAUAUGAAUUAAAAAAAAAACAACCUGGGACGGGUGAGUGGAAGCCGGAUAGUAAAUACGGUGUGAACCAGGGAUGAUCAACUUGGUGGAAAGUUGGGAGAGACGGCGCAUCAAGCGACGUAUUUCUAAAAAGUGAUGUUUUUGGAGCACUCAGAUAGCCUGCGCCGUCAUCCAGCGACGUAAACCCCGUUUUAGCGUAUAAAUCAGACUUGUAUUUAUUAUGUGCGAGCUGGCCAUGGAGGAGCAGGAGCAGGAGAGGGAGAUCUCGGACGUAGACCCGCAGGAUAACACCAGCGUGGCCGGGAACGGAGUCAUGCUGGUGGUCAAUCACAGCCGCGUCCACGCGCCCCUCAGCGUCGUACUGGCCACCGUCCUCUACUUGGCGGAGUUUAUCUCUGCCGCCGUGCUGUGCAGCAGGUACCACAAGACCGACGAUAGCAUCUGGAUGGGCUGCACCAUCGCCUUCAUGUUGCUGCCCGCCGUCCUCAUCCAGCUGGCCCUCACAUUCAUCCACAGGGACCUGGGUCGGGACCGGCCUCUGGUGCUCUUCCUGCACCUGCUGCUGCUCGGCCCUCUCAUUAGGUGUUUUGAGGCCCUCGUGGUCUACUACAGAGCCGGUAAAAGAGAGGAGCCUUACGUCACCAUCUCCAGGAAGAUCAGUCUGAAGAAGGGGCAGAAGGGGCCCAUGGAGUUGGAAAUCGGCCAGUCGGAGCGCACCUUGGCCACUCACAGGAACGCCUUCAAACGCACCGCGGUCAUCCAGGCGUUUCUGGGCUCCACCCCUCAGCUGACGCUCCAGCUGUACGCCACCAUCCAGGAGAAAUACAUCCUCCUCCCCACCAGAUUAACUCUGAUGAUCAUCACCCUGAUCUCCAUCACAUACGGGGCGCUCGUGUGCAGCGUUCUGGCCAUCCAGAUCAGAUACGAUGACUACAAGGUGCAGUUGCGCCCAGCUGCCUACUUGUGCAUGAUCGUGUGGAGAGGGUUGGAGAUCGCCACCCGGGUCACUGCUCUGGUCCUCUUCAGCACGGCGCUCACCUACUGGGUGAUACUCGUCGGCAUGGUUAACCUGCUCUUCUUCUUCUUCCUCCCCUGGGCGGAGUUCUGGGCCAGGAAAGGCUCGCUGACUGAGAAUAUUGAGAAGAACUUCUCAAAGCUGGGCACGAUCGUGGUGCUCUCCAUGUUCACGUUGCUCUACGCCUGCAUCAACGUCUUCUGCUGGUCGGCGGUGCAGCUGGACCUCUCCCACCGAGAGCUCAUCGAACGGAAGCAGCGCUGGACCCGCCUGGCUCUCUACUAUGGCGGACGCUUCAUCGAGAACUUCCUCCUCAUCACACUCUGGUACUUCUUCAAGUCGGACUUCUACGAGUACGUGUGCGCCCCGCUGCUGGGCGUGCAGCUGCUGGUCUGCUACAGCCUGGCCGUACUCUUCAUGCUGCUCUUCUACCAAUUCUGCCACCCCUGCAGGCGCCUCUUCAAGUACAACGUCCACGACUGCCUGCGCUGUGUCUGCUGUUGUAAAGGGAGGCGUAGGGGAAGAGGGAGGAAACGAGGGGAGCUGCCGCCGUCAUACUCCACCGCUGCCACCAUGGUGAUGGUGUCAGAGGAGCCGCUGGAGCUGCUGGACCCCCAAAACUCACAUCCGCCUGACCUCAACAGCCACCCGCAAGAUCGGGAGACAGCUAUCAUCGAUGACAUUAUGGAGGCCGCCUGAGAGAGAGAGAGAGAGAGAGAGAGAAAGGGGAUUUAUGGGAAAUUCAUGAGUCCUCUAAUAUAGAAAUGCAUCCUGUGAAUAGCGAAGCAUGAUGGUUCCGGUGCUGCAGGGCUACUGAACGAAGUCUCGGCUGGUUAUAACACUGAAACCAGAAUGAUUUAGUGUUUUUGAGUAUUAGAGAACAAACUUUGGCCUUUUUUCUCUGAAGUGCACAAAACUGAAAUCAUUCACGGUUUGCGAGUGAUUUACUCCUGAUGUCUUUAUUGAGGAUGGUUACGUACGCUUAGGGCACCUCGAGGCCCCUGUAUACCAAAGAAUGCAGCAUGCUGAGAUAUGCAGCGAUGCACAAAGGCCGCCUUGAGAGAGCAGCAGCGGGUCAGGUACAGGACUGAGCCAGGUGUGCGGGAAAUGUGCCAAGCGUGUCUCGACCCGAAAGAAUGACAGGGGGACGCCCUGAGCGUACUUCCUCUCAGGGUUUUCACACCUUUGCACACGUUUGCAUCUCUGCACUAAAUAGAAACACAGCAGGAGGGUGAGGAAAAAAAAAAAAGUCAGAAGAAGAUUUAAUCUUUCUGAUUGAUCUAAACCUGCUGUGAUGAAUGCCUUGUGUUGUUCACUGUCCAGUCUGAUUGCCUUGAUUAAAAAAAACAGGUUUUAGAUUUGCAAAGAUAAAAAAAUGAAAACAGGUCAAAAGAUUCUGUAGAAACAUACUUUUAAAGCCUUAAGGGAAAAUCUUGUGUGUGUCCUCUGUAACACAGAUCUAAUCCAGAAUUUAACUUGCAUUUGAUGUUGCAUUAACAAGACUGGUACUGAAUGAGCUUCUACUUUAUUGAAGUGCUUUCACCGUUGGCGUGUUUGUUUUUUUUUUAAUGUGUUGUCUUGUUUGUUGUUGUUUCAGUGCCUUUACUACUACUGUAUUACUUGAAACCUAAAUAAAAUAAUCUGAUGUCUACA